ACACGAUGAGAGAGAUGAAGAGGAUACUAACGACAAGACUUCCUCAUCAUCAGGAGACAGUAGUCAUUCAGCCGGCGUUGGCGACAACAACAAUUCACAGGUAACCGUUCGCCUAUAGCAAUACAAGUCCACUUUCGCGACCUGCACCUCUAUAUAAAUAGCACGAUUUCAAAAACUAUUGCUAUAGUAAUGUAGCCUACAAGUGGCUCGUAAAUAUUAAGAGCUAUCGAAAGGAAAAAUGACGAGAAAUGUUAGAAUGCAAUAUAGCCCUGUGACAUGUGCUGGUCGGUGUUAGGUAGUACUAAAAUCGGUUCUAGAUUUGAUUAUAUAGCUUAGAAUUUGUCAGUUAGGUCGAUGGUAUUUAGUACAACUGGAUAUUUAUUGGUAACAGGUGUAUUUUUAUAUAUUAUAAUGCAUAAUUUAGUACACAAAAAGAUUUAUUUGUAUGCGGCUUCAUAUACGGAACUACUAUAUAUGAAAGCUUAAGAGUGUAUUUAUCUCUUAAUAAAAACGAUAGGUAUGUGAGAUGAAGAUUAAAUAAAUAAAUAGAUAGAUCAUAUUGAUGAUAAGCAAGCGCUGGUAUAAACAAAUUAUAGGCAAGUAAUUAUACAUUAUUCUAAUUCUCUCUCUCUAUAUAUAUAUACACCUAUGUGCAACGACGAUGGUAUACAUGAAAGAAAUAACUAUGCGUUGCAAACAAAGGCUCAUUCGGAUUGCAUUGCCAAUUCAUACGAACAAAUGAAAUUCACUAACCAUAAGGCAAUGACUCUGUUCUUUUCCCUCCCCGCGCACUGAGAGAGAGAAAGCGCGCCAGUCCACUGGAGGGAUGACUUCUCGAUGGAAGCCUCAACUGGCGCAUGCAAAAACCUAUGGUUCGGCAUUUAUCUGAGACGGAGUAUUUAGUUGUUAAUAGUAAUAUAUUAGCCGUUUCUUGAUAAUACGCGUCCUUAUGUAGGUUCAUACGACAGCUAUUGGCAAUAAGUGUAAUGUCAAGAAGGAAAUGCACCCUACUGCUGCUGCUGCUGCUGCUGCUGCUGCUAAGAUCUAGCUGUUUAGAAGGCAUGAAAGAACCUGCAACUACAACAGAUUUCACAAAGUUUAGACAGUAGAACUUCACAAACAUUUGCUAUCAAUCAUGUGAUCCGUAUAGAGAGAGGGACGUUGGCGUAUUUGACGGUGUUAAUCCAGUUAUUAGUACAAAUUUUGUAGUCAUGUGCUUCCGAAAUUAUUUGUGGACUCACUAUGCUAUAUUCGAAAUUUUACCAUCAACUCCCCUACGACACAGCACAAUACUUAUUUACGCGACUACUAAUUAAUGUGUAUUGCUUACUGUCGUCAACGGAGAUAUUUUCUGCAUGACUUUUCAUUAACCGUUGAAGCCUUGCAGUCAAAACGUUGUUGAUACUUGUAGCAUCCAACAGUGAUGCAAUACAUUGACUAUAGUACUAAAACCGAAACACUUCAUUAACAACCUAUGUGUCUUGACAGCUUAUUUGUUGGUGAACUGUCUGUUAUAAGCAAAAUUCAAAGAAAGGAGUAUGACGUUACGACUAGAUUUGAAAAUGUGCUGUGUUCGUAGAUGUUAGCACUUCACAGAGUGUUGUUGCAGGGAAGCAACGGUGAUGAUUUGAAUUUAUAAUUUUUUGUGGUAUGUAUUCUUUCGACUUGGCUUUAACAAUAUAGGUAACUGGUGUAAAGAUGCCCCUAACCAGAAAACCAUAAUGGGCUACCCGAUUUCGUUGUGGUGAAAUGUCGGACUAAAUAUUAGACAGUCUGUAUUAAUUUGUUGCAAGCGUAGUAGCACACACUUUUGAUGGCUGUAUUCUACACUGCAGUAGUUUUAGUCGAUUUUGUAGUAUAUAUUUUGAAUUCAAAGAGAGCAAAGUGUUUUAUGGACGUGCCAUAUAAUAUUCAUUGAUUUAAAGUGUAACUUGCGGACUGGAACCUCUUCAUUAUAUUUCGGGUAUACUACACCAAUACAUAAAACGAUUUGAAUUUUUUUUAUUAGAGAACGUACUCCGACCUGUUUAUAACCAGAUAUCUACCGUGAUUUCGUGAAACUGUAUAUAUAAUUGAGCUGACUGCUGAGAUUCAGGACGUCACAAUUCCAGCACCUGUAGAAGACAAUCUUCGGGAUAACACUGCCUUCAUUUGAUAAAGCUUGUAUGUCAGGCCAAACAGAUAUCAGAUAGUACACGUGUUACAGUCGUCAACAAAUGAGGAAUUCACUUGCCAUGAAAUUUAGUUUCGACAUCUACCAGGCUAUUUUAUAUAUGUAGCUUUAAACACCUGACUGCGCCGUACAAAUUUGGCACUUAUAUUAUUUUCUGCAAUCCUACUAGGAAAGUUUCGGAUCUACAAACCUCGAAGGAGACAGUGUGCCUGCUUUUCGAUUUCCUGUAAAGGGGGGCAAUUGAAAAAAGGUUCGUUAUGCCUAUAAAAUUGUGUGACAACAUCACAGGAAAAGUGUUACGUCUAGACGUUUUUCAUUAUAGGUUAUUGUGCUGGAAUUAGGCAUUAUUUAAAAGUCAGCGUGGGAUUCAAAAUAGGUCGCUCCACCGGUAGGACUCCGGCAUACCCUUGUUUGACCCCUUCAGAGGGGGGAUCUUUACUUCGUACUAUUGAAUCAAAAGUCUUACCUGGUGCAGUUGGACAAACUAAUGGUAGACAUGUCCCUGCUGAUCUACGAAGUAAAAGGUUUCUUUGCUAGCAAUAUAAUUCUUAUUAUAGAGAAAAGUACAAUUACAUGGUUAUUCAGUAUUGUGACGAACUGAUAUAUAUAUAUAUAUAUAUCUCAAUCUGUAUUUAUAUUUGCUUAUUUAUGAUAAACUGUCGUUGAAUAUCACUUGUUACUCAGAUAUUUCAGUUAUGUCGUAUAGAUGCGAAAACAUAAAUUAUGUAAUACGUAGAUAAGUAUAUGAUCUAAUGGGAUUCUGCAUGAAAUACUCUACGGUUUUCUACAAUACGCAUUCUCAUUUCUAACAAAAACGGAAAUUGCUUCCAUGAUAGAUUAUUCUUUACGAAGUGUCACAUUAGUGUUACCUGUCGUAUUGACCUUCAGCUACGCUAGGUUAAUAUCACAACCUUAUGCCAUAGCAAGUGCUGAGUUCGUUUAGGUCAUUUUUUUGCAUAUAUAUGGCAUAAUACAUAUGUUGUAUUAUGCUGUAUAUAUAUGUUAUAUUGAUGGUACAUCUACACCCAUCGGUUGGUAGAGUAACGCUAUAACGUAUGCUUUUACAAAUUAGGUAGAAAAUCAUGCGCGCAGAAUAAUAGAGUCGAUACAAGAAAAGGUAUUAUGCAGGUCGUGAACCACGUCCAUUCGUAGUGUGAGCGCUCAACGUCGUUAAAAUAUUACUGAUGAAUUAAAAAUUUCACAGAUAUCUUCAUUUUCAAUUAAUAGGCGGUUUUGGUGCUCUGUAUUUUUGGCAACUUUCUUGAUUGUAGGUUAAACGUACGUCUUAUACAUGAGAUAGCUUAAAGGAUAUUAUAUAGCAAUAGUGUACAAAGGUGAUUCCAAUGAUAAACAUUCGUUUGUAUGCACUUGCGUUCAACUGCAUUUUAAGUUUUGUUUUAUUUUUUGGUUGCAAUUCGAACAAGGAAUGUAAUCUAGUAGAGUACUCAUAUUAUUAAGAAUCGAAGCGGUUCUCUCAAUGGAAGUUUCUCACCUUCCCACUGCAGAAUCAGAUAUCAUUUGAAAUAUGAUCACUAAUAUUUUAGACAUGAAUGCGUCCUUAAACAGAGUUAUAAGUAUUAUUAAUUUUCUCGUUAUCAACAAUUCAAAAUUUCUUAGCUCAUUGAAACUGAGGUGAGUAUCGCAGUAUAUAUUUUUCUUUGCGCUUUAGUAUGGUCUGAAUAAAGUAUACAAUAUUCAGAGGAGAAAACGAAUGAGUGUUGUGUACAGUGACAAGCGGUAAGUCCUAGUGCUCAAAGUUUGUUGAAUGACGAUUGUUUUAAAUAUGGAUAUAAACAUGCCAAACAAACUAGCAAGAGUUGCGGGAGAGGAAAAAUGCGAAAAUACCUCUAUUAAGCGGGCCGAUUGAAAAGCUUCAUUCAAAAUAGGCGGUGAAAGCUUGUGUGAGGAGAAUGUUAUAUAAGGUUUAUUGUUCAACAAUUAAUAAUUUUAUACUGAAGCAGUAGCCUCUUGAUAGAGUUCUAGCGGAUGUUUUGAUUGGCUAAUUUACCGUUGCAUGUUUAUGCCAUUUUGUAAAAAAGCGGAAAGUUCCUUCAGGUCUUUUUGGAAAAAAGUAAAUACGCGUAUUAUGUAAGUUGUUACUUCCGGCCAUGAAGUGCGUUCUUCUCUUGAUGCCCGGUGCCGAGUCAUGAUAAGUUUUAAUGUUAUUGCUAUUGAAGAUCAGUAACGAUAGUAGGUUGAAGUCGAGUUGAGCAUUUCAGAAAUCAAUGGCCAUUUUACUUUCAGUUAGCCAGGUACAGUGAGUUGCUGAUAUUGGUUCGCUGUUUUUUGAUGAUAGCUGAAUUUUCAGCGACGGGUUUGUAUCUUUCAUAAGAAUUAAGUCAAUUGAUGGUUUCUCCAAGCUUCGGUGUCAAUUUUGAAUGAAACAUUCUAGUAGGGGGUACGCGAUAUCAUGUGAGAUAGAGAAAAAGAUAUUCUUCGGAUAGAAAGUUAUCAUUUAUUAGAGUUUGGCAAAGAUUGUUAAAGCAAGAUGGGUACUCAGAGAUAGCUAAUAACUGGGUCUAAAUAAUGGGUAAGGAAUUUGAUAAUUAGUCACAAUUGGAAAUUGACACAGUGGGGGAGAUAAAAUGUAGGGUGGUAUCGAACAAAGGGUAAAGGAAAAAAGAUCUACCUUUCUGUUCUGUACGCAAAGAGACAGUCCAGGGCGGCGCUAAUUUGACGUUCAGUGCUACGCUAUCAUUAUAGCGAUGCGCGUAUCUUGUAGUAGCAAAAAUGCGCAAUCGCUGCUGGGGAUGGGAAAGGGGCAGGUGCUUAACGGGCAAGGCGCCCUUGUGUUACCUUGCUUCCAUUGCAGCAGCUGCACGGGUUGACUGCUGGCCGCUUGGCUUCGUCAACUACGGUCACCACUUCCACUACAACGGAUCCGAUGUCGCUUCUGCUGGCUGAGGUAAUGCAGUUGUGCUGCCGGUGUUUGCCGCUCAGGGUCGACGCCACGGUGUUGAGGUUGGACCGACGGGCCGACCGAUAUUCGACCUAGCCGAGCCCGGUGCAGCAUCGAAGCUUGUUCCCGAACCUGUUCGUGAGUGCCAGCACCAGCAGACGCGUCAAUUUGGUGGUGUCUCGUACGGCGCGCAAACCGGCCGUGGACAAGGGUCGGCCUCAGCGUCAACUCGGGUGAAAGUGCAAGAUCGGAGCAGGAACAUACGCAUGCGAUGGAGAUCAGAGGGCAAGUGUCGUCUACUGCUUGACCGUUCAACAACAGUGAUGUUUGUUGGUUUAGACAACAGCUACUACUACUACUACAGAUCAGCCACGUACCUACAGGCCCACCACCAGCCAGAGUUCAGAACCGAGCACCAGAGAGAAAAAUGAAACAGCUAAAAGAAAAUUCAGCCUUGCAGAGUCACAGUGGGAUGGGGUGUAAACGGGCGGUAUGAAGUCAGGGAACAGAACUAGAGACUUAUGUGCUUACGUGACGAUGUCUUAAGUGCUAGUGGCGGUGGUGUGGUUUCGGCGAUGAUGACAAGAUGCAUCAAGAUGAGGGACAACAAAGAGAAAGGCUGUUUAACAAAGAGACUGCACGCUUGUGUAACUGCGAAUUACCAAACGAAACAACCUGAAAUGAUAAUCGCUUUCAGCCAGGGUCAGUCACUCUGUCAGUUGAUCAACAUGAAGAACACAUAGAUAUUAUUACAUUAUGUGAGGAAUCUUUCCUAUGUUCAGAGUAUGAGGAUAUUUUCACCCAAAAUAUCGCGUGUUAUUUUUCAGCUUGUUUCAGCUCAUCGACGAUGGAAGAAGUGUCCCUUUUACCAGUGGUUUAUAAACGAUUGAUGAAUGUUGAUUGAUAACAAUAUUGAUAUCUUGAAGGGAGGGGCUUUGUUACAGCACAGGGGGUGGUCUCGCGUUUACACGGGGCUUGAUUGGGUUGAUUAACGAACGUCAAAGGGCAAGUUGGGUCAAUAGGAAAAGACUAGCCGGUUUACUAUUUCAUUGUGUUAAUACGAAUAGGGGUACCGCUAACAACUGAGAAAUCGAAAUCAGAAAUACGGAGACCACGAUUUGUCUACGUCCAUCACUUCAGCCAUGGCUUCACACAAAUUGAACGAUCGAUCGAACUACCCACCCAACUGCUCAGGAUCACGAACUCGAAGUGACUCGGGGUCGGGUCGUUCUCGUUCAGGCCGUGCUUCAAGCCGUACUCCCGCCGACGUCGAGGGGGCAUCUUCUGCCGAGGCCGGAUCCGGGACUGGACGCGGCGCUCGCCGGCGUCGAGCAUCGUCGAGCGAGCCAGCAGUCGACUCGUCUGGCAUCCCAAAGAGAGCACGCUCAUCUUCAAGGGGACGCGAUGUGCCUUCUACCGCUGAGCCUGCGCAGUUAGUUGGUAUUGGGAUGGCGGAGAUCUCGCCCGACCACAGCGAACAUCUUCCAGUCGACUCAACAACGUCUGCCGCAAAUCUAUCAGUCGCUCUUGAAGGGCCUGAUGGGGCCGAGCAGGAGGCAGACGUAGUUAGUCAUGAGAUUAAAGACCACGACGAUGAUUCGGCCACGUCCGGAUCGGACACGACGAACUCAAACAGUAGUAGUAGCAGUGGUUCCAGCAGUAACAAAGACACCAACAAUAAAUACAGCAAUAGUGGGGAUAGUGAUAGUCCUCAGCUCGGCGGUCGACUGCCAGAGGCUGAUUCUGGUGCAGGCGAGCGAGAUGACGAGCCCAUGGACCAUCAGGUCAUCGCUCGCGGUGGCCUUAACGAAGAGGAAGAGAAUCGUCUUCUUGGUCUAGUUGGCGAUGACACUGGUAGUAGUGACAAGUCCGAGGACAAAGUAACCGAGCGCUUAUGUAAGCAAGAUGGAAAUGACAUAACGAACAGUGAUAAAGAGCAAAAGGACGCUAGCGAAAACACGAACAAAAGCUCAGGCAAGGAUGAAGAAGGAGCGAGCAAAGAUGCUGGAGAUAAGCCCAUAGUGAAGCGAGAACGCAAAAGCCGCUUCACUGACGCCGCACCUGAAGAAAUUGCAGCUCGGUCGGGGAGCACCGCAAAGACUGGGCAGUCAUCAAGUGUGAGUGCUCCGGGUUACCAGUCGUGGGCAGAGCGACGCGCCGAAUGGGCUCGAAAGCUCAAUAACUCCGUGACCCUGGACGAGUAUGCCGCUGAUCUCAAUUGCGACAUUGAUUCCCGGGGAAUGGCUGUGACGCCAUACUUCCGAGAUGCAUUUGCCUGGCUACCCGCUGGUGCAAAGGCCAGCCACGGUUUUACCGAUGGCAAGAUCAGGUUUGAUGUCAAAAUCCUCGAGUUAAUGGAUGUCUCUGAAGAAUAUGGCGAGGCGCGACGUGCAGCCGUUCCGAGUCAGCAAAAAAAAGAUCUUAAAGAGAAAUCCGAUAAAGGCACCAAAAAAUCAGAAGAGGCCGAGUCGAAGGAUUUGGAUAGAGAUAAUGUUGAAAAAGAUGCCUUAAAAGAGUCUUCUGAAGAAUUUAAGGCAAGAAACGUUGGCUUUAAUGGCACAGUACCGAAAACAGAGGAUUCAGAAAAACUAGAGUCCUCGGAAGGUGACGGCAAGAAAGACCCGACGGCUCAAGCUGAAGCCGAUGCAAGAAAACGAGCCGAUGAAUUAGCACGCCAACGUAAACUACACGCAGUUCGGCUUGGCUUUGCUCGACGCUUGAUAAAACAGAGCGCAAAACUCGGCGACGAUGAGGACUCAUGGGCGUAUUGCUCUAAUGGACAGGUUGCUUCGAGCGGACGCUACAGUCAGUUUAUUCCAAACGAUGUUGUCGAGCCCCUUCAAGCUGGUGACAUUUUUACUGCAUUGCUUGACCUUAGCACAAAGCCUGCGGUGCUCCGGUUUGCACUGAACGGUAAGCUGAUCGAUGGACAAGUGGAUAUUGAAGUAAAAACCACGCCAUCGCCUGCCCCGGAAGAAACCGAUGAGAAGGUUGACGAAGCUAUGGACGUGCAACAGGAAGCUGUCGCUGAAACGAGAUCAGACGAACACAGUGCCGCUAUAGAGAAAAUGGACGAAGACACCGGUGGUGGCCAAUUUGAAGAGGGCUGUGGCGAUAAGACAGAGGACAAAACGUCUCCUGAUGAAGAUGAUGAGAAAGUAGUCGCAAAAAAAAUGGACAAAAACGUAGGGAAAGAUAUUAAAAAAGAAGAUAGACCCACUUUGCCACCGCCCAUAUCUGCAGCCCUUUUUCCUGCCGUCCUGACAAAGAACGUCAGGCUUGAGGUCAACCUUGGCCAGCUAGAAGUCGACCCACUGCCCGGCUUCGAAGAUUAUGUCUUCCCAACGAAGACGAGCGAAGACUGGGCGGGUCGUGAACGAGCUCCACUGCCUCCGUUUGAGCGACGGGAGUGUCAGUUCAUUUUGAUGGUAGGACUUCCUGCGUCCGGCAAAUCAUACUGGGUCUCUAAUCAUAUCCGCCAAUAUCCUGAACGACACUAUAACGUGCUCGGCACUAAAGACGUUCUCGCACGUAUGCUGGCCUGUGCACCCCCACCACCGCCAGAAACGGAACCGCCCGGGACUAUAACGAGGGACAACAAGGAGAAUCAACCGAAAUUGAAAGAAACAGCUUCGACCGUCGACAGCGAAAAGACGCCACUUCCAGCCACCGUUAGCGAAGUGUCAGACAAAAAAACCACUGACGAUAAAUCGAACGAAAGCCAAAAGGAAUUGCAAAUCGUAAACAAAAAUUAUCCGAAAGAGGACUGCGACGGUGAGAAGAAAAAGGGCGAAGAUGACGAUGCACAGAAUGACAAGGAUGUAAAAAAAGAGACCAGCGCUGAAACGUUCGAUGGCAGCAGUAAGAAACCGGAUGUAACACCUAAAGCUAUGAGUCCGCGAGAGAAGUGGCUAAAGGCUCUCGCUGAUAAAGCCGUUACUGCUGUAUCCAGGCUUAUCGAUGCCGCUAGCAGGCGCAAUAGAAACUACAUCCUCGACCAGACGAAUGUGUACAGCUCAGCUCAGAAUCGAAAAUGGCAUCAGUUUGACAAUUUUCGACGUAAGCUCGUUGUCGUUGUUCCUUCGGAGGAGGACUUUGAGAAGAGAAGAAAGGCAGUCGAAGGCGAAAACGAUGCAGCGAACUUUCCUCUACCUGAAAACGCAGUCACCGAGAUGAAAGCCCACUUUGAGCUUCCGAAUGAGCGUGACUUCAGUGGCUCUAGCUCAAUAGAAUACGUAGCGCUACCUUUCGAAGAAGCCCGAAAAGUGGUGGCACGAUUCAACGAAACUGCUUCGAAGGAACUUGGCCUUCCUUGGCCUCGACCACAGCGCCCGAUGGGAGGAAUGGGAGGCGGCUCUGGAGGCUGGGGAGGUCGGGGAGGCUACGGAGGUGGUACCGGCGGAGGCGGUAAUUACGGGGGUGCUGGACACUAUCAAAGAGGGGGUUAUCCUCAGUACGGUGGACGAGGUGGUGGAUACAAUGACUUUCGAGGUCGCGGUCGAGGUGGUCCUGGCGGACCUGGUGGUUACGGUCGGGGGGGCUGGGGCGGCGGUGAUCGUGGAGGUUUCCAACCUCGCUGGGGCGGUCAUCGAGGCGGCUACGGUGGCCACGAUGGAGGACCCUCGUACGGUGGUGGUCGGGGUGGUUACUUUGGCGCAGGUGGAGGGAGCAACUAUAAUAAUUACAACAAUCAAGGCGGUGGCGGCUACAAUCGCGGUGAUGCUGGUAGAGAUGGUGGCGGCCGUUUUGGUGGGCCAGGUGGCGCUGGUUCGUACAACGCUAAUUACCAACAUAAUCGUGACGGCGGACGCACUUACGGAAGUCACCGGGCUGAGCAACGUGACAGUCACCGGAGCGAUCAUCGGGACGCAGCCGCAUCUGGCGGCGGAGGCAGUCGAGAUGGCGUAAGAGACGGCGGAAACUACCGUGAUAAUCGGGAUAGCGGCCGACACGAGUCGAGAGAAAGCCGCGACAGUACACGCAGAGGUGAUUACGGCACAAGACGAAGAACGAGAGAUGAAAAAAAUGAGCAGCCCCUAAAUGACGCUGACAACGAUCGUCCUGGAAACCGAUGGAGUGGGUCUGGAACCUCUUCGUAUGGAGCCGCUGGCAGCGGAACUGGCAGCUAUAGCCAAGGAAGCCAGCGCUAUCAAGGUGGUAGUAGUUCGGGCUAUCAAAGCGGCGCUUCGACGUAUGCGAACAACGCCAACAGCGGCGGUUAUAACAGUGGGAAUCGGGGUCACGGCAGCAAUGCCAACAGCACUGCGGGUAGUAACCGAACGCCGUGGAGUACAGGCGGCCAGCAAAACGCGCCGGCCGCUCAAUGGGGUUCGCAGCAGACGGGGCAGGCAGGCGGCCCCCAUGCCAGUGGUGCUUCUCAGCAGCAGCAGCAGGCACAAUGGCAAAUGCAGUGGCAGCAGUGGUAUGCUCAACAGGCUCAACAGCAACAAAGUGCUGGAGCUGCCCAGAGUGGAGGGGCGCAGUCAUGGGUCGGUGCGUCCACGCAGAACAGUUCAGGGGCAACUGGAGCUCGGAGUGCAAGUGCCGCUCAGACCAGCUGGAGCGGCCAAACCGGCGCGCAAGGCAGUCAGCAGUCGGCGCAGGCCCAAUGGAGUCAGCAGUGGCAACAGUACCACCGUAUGCAACAACAACAACAGCAGCAGCAACAACAACAACAACAGACGGUCCAGCAAGCAGCACAAAGUUCUCAAGGACGAGCAGGAGGCUCAACCGGAUCAACUAGCGCGAACGCGUACAGCAGCGCCUACAGCGGAGCUGCUGCGGGACAGACCGCGGCCGCCGGUAACGUGCAAAGUGGCCAAUAUACAGCGGAACAGAUGCGUCAGUAUCAGCAACAAUGGAGCCAGUGGAAACAACAAUAUGCUCAGUACUACCAGCAAUAUCAGCAGCAUCAGGCCGGCGGCGGUAGUCACCAGCAGCAGUCGCAGUCUGCUCAGCAACAAAAGUAAACCCACUAGCAGCACAAGAAUACGGAACCCAAUACGAUGAAAAUAACACCAAUAAUAACUAAUAUUACUAUUAUGCUGUUAAAAAUGUAAUACGUUUCGUACGUAAGUACGUUUCGUUGCAUAGAUAUUUCUGAAAAUAUGCAUAAAUGAAGUGAAUACAUCCCAUAUAAUCCAGCCAGCCCCCGUCCCCCCAAAUCGGUGUGGAAGUAGGUUGUGGUAUGCUACAUAUUACUAACAAAUAAAGCAGAAACGGCAGCAGCGAUAGCAGUGAACCUGAACUACCACAAGAAAGGCGGACUCCGUUCGCGGCCAAAUUUUAUUCUGCUUGCAUGACAGCUCCUCGAUCGCAGGCGGCGGACAAAAAUAACAGUGCGUUUCGUAAAGACAACGCAAUAGGGACACAUCGUACGAGCCGAUCCAACACGAUUAACAAAUAUUUUAGAUGGCAACGUGCGAACGAUAAUCGGUAAGCAGCCACCUGCGCCAGCUGGAUCGAGCAAAGCAAAACUUGGAAGAGCGAUCUAAAAACAGAAAUGCAUAAUAGCGGGCAUUUAGCCGUUGUAGACUUCUUAGAGCGAAAAUACCAUAGAUGUAGAAAGCGAGCCAGAGGUGCCUGCCUUCACAACAAAGAUAUGAGUCAAAACGCACGACGACUAUCUGAUUGCUAACAAUUUGUUGACACUGCAAAUGGUGGCGUUUCUAUAAAUAAGCGACAUCAUCUUCGAUAGAAGUGUUUUAACUAGUUGCUGUGAUGUUGUAAUAUGUCUACAGACUGGGAUAAGUGUACAAUUCCUGGAAACAGUUUUGAUUUCAUUUUGAAGCACCGAAAAUACACCUUGCAUCAUCGAAGACAAUGUCAUACUCACACGCACGCCUGUACGUUUGGUAUAUAUAUAUAUGAUGAUGAUAUUAGAAGAAUAUUGGCAGCAUCCUAGCUAAUUAUUUGAACGCAGCGUCAUGUUUCCAUUUAUCAUAUCUAAUAUCAAUCAUCGCCGAGAGAAUAAACACUUAGAAAUAAUAUCUUAUUUGUGUACAAUUGAUGUGUUUCGAUUUAUAUUUUUUUUUGUCUUAUGCCUAAGAUAUCAGCAUACGGUUAUAGGGCAUGCCUUAGGCAGGUACGGUACCCCAACAGACCGCAGCAUUGUGAGAAAUCACAGGCUGAGAAAUUGUGAUCAUCGCCCUGUUCCCCACGCUGUUGCUCUCCCGCCCACGCUAAGAUGUUGUGUUUGACUGUCCUAUAUUCCUAUACAUUUAUAAACGUAGGCACACAGAUAUAAACACAUGUAUAGUAAUACUACAAUGAAUAAUAAUAAUACUAUUAUUGAUACUAUAUAUAAUAUUAUUAUAUAGAUAUAUAAUGUUGAACACGUCGGAAAUGUACGUUGAUGCUGAAAAAGACAAAGAAGAACCACGGAAUUUGUUUUCAUCGAAACCGUCGCAAAACAAGUAGAUUUCGCGCAUAUAUAUAUAUAUAUGCAUAUAUAUAUAUACAUAUAUAUAUAUGCAUAUAUAUGUAUAC